CGCUGCUAAUCCUUCCUUGCUUCAUUCACUCCAUCAUCUGCCAUCGGUGUUUCAGUCUCGACUGACUCGCGAAUCGCUCUAGUUCGGUUUCCAAGGAUUGUGUUUUGUGUUAUUAUUUUUCUACUCUGUGCCAUUUUUUGUGUGAAUCGAGGAAAGUUAACUGCGUCACCGAUCCAGCCCAGCUGCUGCAAUCUGAUAGUGUGUUUGUCAACAACGCGCGCCACAACAAAAACAGCCACGUGAUUGCUCUUUCUCUCCCUCUCCGCUGUUAGUUGGUGUGUGAGAGAAUCUGCCAAAGGGAGAGCGCGCGCCUCAGCGAUAUCGAACGGAACACGCACACAUAGGUUAUUCUCCCGCCACCGGACCAGAUUGCAGAAAAUCGCAACCAUGUCGCUCAGUCAAGUUCUGACCGUCUGCCCAAGGAGUGCCAUCGCUGGACUGGGAAUAGCAGCAGCCAGCAGCAGUAGUGGAAUAACAUCAGCAGCAGCUAGAAGAAGUGUAGGGCGCGUAUCAACAUUACUGCUCUCAUCGACCCUCGGCCAGCAACAGCAGGACAUCGCCGCCAGAAACAUGUCGACGUCACCGUGCGCUUACAAGCAAUGCAUCACGCUGGACAACAUCAAUCCGGCCAUCAAGCUGAUGGAGUACGCCGUCCGUGGCCCGCUCGUCAUCCGGGCCGCUGCCAUCGAGAAGGAACUGGAGAAGGGUGCCACGAAACCGUUCAAGGAAGUGAUCCGGGCCAACAUUGGUGAUUGCCAUGCCAUGGGACAGGAACCGAUUACGUUCCUCCGUCAGGUGCUCGGACUGGUGUCCUACCCGCCGCUGUUCAACGACAAAACCAUCCCGGAGGAUGCCAAGAAGCGCGCUCGUGAUAUCCUGGACGGAUGCAAGGGUCACUCCGUGGGUUCCUACACCGAUUCCAAUGGAAUCGAAAUUAUCCGGAAGCACGUGGCACAGUACAUCCAGGACCGCGAUGGCGGAAUCCCGUCCGAUCCGAACAACAUUAUCCUGUCGGCUGGAGCGUCCGGUGGCAUUAAGGUGCUGAUGUCCUUGCUGAGGUGCCCCAUCGAUGGAAAGACUCCCGGUGUGAUGAUUCCGAUUCCACAGUACCCCCUCUAUUCGGCCACCAUUGCGGAGUUCGAGAUGGAACAGGUCGGCUACUACCUGGACGAAGCAAACAAGUGGGGACUGGAUAUUGCCGAGCUGGAGCGAUCGCUGAAGGAAGCCAAGAAGACCUGCGCCCCACGGAUAUUGGUCGUCAUCAAUCCGGGUAACCCGACCGGACAGGUUCUGGCCCGGGAAAACAUCGAAAACAUCAUCAAGUUCGCCCACAAGGAGAAGCUGGUUCUGUUCGCCGAUGAAGUCUACCAGGACAACGUCUACGAAAAGGGAUCCAAGUUUCACUCGUUCAAGAAGGUCCUGAUGGAGAUGGGUGCCCCGUACAACCAGAUGGAACUGUGCAGCUUCAUGUCCUGCUCGAAGGGUUACAUGGGCGAGUGCGGCAUCCGAGGAGGGUACGCCGAAAUCGUCAACAUGUGCCCGGACGUCAAAGCCAUGCUUCUGAAGUGCAUUUCGGCGCAGCUCUGCCCGACGACCAUCGGUCAGGCCUGUAUGGAUGUGGUGGUGAACCCACCGAAACCCGGAGAGCCAUCGUACGAUCAAUUCAUGAAAGAAAAGAACGCCGUGCUGGCUUCGUUGAAGGUACGCGCCGAGAUGGUGGCCGAUACGUUCAACUCGAUCGAGGGAUUCUCGUGCAACCCGGUGCAGGGCGCCAUGUACGCAUUCCCGCAGAUUCGGCUGCCGGAGAAGGCCAUCGAGGCGGCCAAGAAGGCCGGCCAGGCCCCGGAUGUUUUCUACGCAUUCCAGCUGUUGGAGCAAACCGGUAUUUGCAUCGUGCCCGGUUCCGGAUUCGGCCAGCGCCCAGGAACGUACCACUUCCGCACCACCAUCCUGCCACAGCCGGCUAAGCUGAAGGAAAUGCUGGACAUGUUCCGCGCUUUCCACGAAAAGUUCCUGAAGCAGUACAAGUAAAUCCCGCUCACCUCCUCUUCUCUUUGGCUGGCCAAUAGCUGCCCACAGCAACACCAAGUAGGGGUCACCUACUAUCUAUCACCAUAGUCGUCGCAUCAUCGUCACCACUAAUCGCUGCCCACCGCGGAUGAACGCACUGCUGCCAUCAGCCAGCGUACCAAUGCAAUGCGCCAGACGCUUCAACUGCUGUGGACGCAUUGUUUUACCAAGUACUCCUCAACACUCAAGUCAGACAUUGUUUGUGUGAGUCGCCGGUUUCGAAAACCAAUCGAUUCAAUUCAGAUACAUAUACUCUUAUACAUAAAAAACACACAUACCGAUAUCUAGAGAGCAUCGCGCAUCGCACGUUAUA